AUGUUACGAACCUGCGACGGCGUAGAGUUCAGAGGGUGGGGAGGACAUGGCGGCGGGAAAGACAGGAACGCGGGCGGCACCCAAUGGGAGCGUGUGGCGGGUUCGGAGGGGUCGUCAGCGCGCGCUCGAGCGUGGACAGCAUCCUCCAUGUCGCCCUCGGCAGCCAUCCAAGCAAGAAUCCGCGCAUUCGAGGCCCUCGGCAACCCCUCCUCCGCCUCCGCCUCCGCCGCCGCACCCCUCUCCAAGGACUUUCUCUACGCACUCGACAGCCCCCUCGACGACAUCGACUCUCUCUCCACCGUCUCCUCCUACGUCCCCAUCACCCCCACCACCCCGCCGAGAUCCCCCCACGCCAGCACAGACGCUCUCGCACACCGCACCUCCCUCAUCGAUCUCCAGGAAUGGGUCAUCGACGACGGCCCCAACCCGCCUUCCCGCCCUGACGCCACCAACGCCUCUGCGUCUGCGCAGGACCCCGCCGCCCCUGUGCGCCUGCCUGGCCUCACCACAGGUCGCAGCAUCUUCGAGGGCACCCCGCUCAUCAACCUCGAGUCGCCCCCGCGUCCCGCCCCAUCCAAGGCCCCGCCCUUGCCCCCUCGCAAGGCCUCUUACCAAAACCUCCGCUCCGCCUCCUCGCCCAUCCCCAUAGCCACCAAUGCCUCCUCCGCCUCCUCCAGCUUUGGGUCCUCGUUCUCAUCGUACAACGCAGGGUUUACAGACGCCCCGUCCUCUCCCAACAUGCUGCGCCCACCCGACGCCGAGCACACGUACCCGCCGCACCUCUCGAAGCUGGCCAUCGGAGACUAUGCUGCGCGCAGGAAGCACGCGCCCGCCUCGUCGAUCAGCUCGUUCCAUUCCGUGUCGCUGUCGUCGGAUGGAGGGACAGACGGUGGCGCGGGGACGCCGGGCUCGCUCACGCAUUUCGUGCAGACGUUCCCCGUUGAGCGGGAGCGUGAACGGGAGCGCGAUCGGGAUGGGGAGAGAGACCACGAGCGCGACUGGCCAGACGGGGAUAGCCUCGACGAGUCGUUCGAGAACGUCACCCCGUCCUCGCUCCUCCCGCCCUCCGACGCCUUCACCGCCGCCUCCACCUCCACCUCCGCGGCAAAGCCCAAACCCCCGCUCCCAUCCACCUCGUCCAAGCCGGCAACCCAAAAACCUCUCAGCGACCCGCCCAAGCUUCCACAACGCCCAAAACCGCGCGUCUCGGCGCCCUCUGCGAUUCCCUCUGCCGCACCCGCUUCGUCGUCGUCGCGCCCAGCCUCUCGCGUCACGACGCCCGUCCUCACGCCGACCCCUUCGUCGACCUCCAUCGCCUCGCUCACUACUACCGGACUCAACCUCGGAUUCGGCGCCUCCUCUGCUUCCUCAUCGUCCCGCCGCCCCGCCCCUCCGCCGCCACCAUCCCAGCCUCCGCGUGCGUCCUACAUACGAGGCUCGCUCACCUCGACUUCGACCUCAACCUCCGCCUCGACGACCGCCUCCGAUCGCUCCUCCAUCCUCUCCAGCGCGAGCACCAGCACCAGCGCGCUCUCCUCGCCGUCAACGCCCACACCCACGCAUGCGCACAUGCCGCACUUUAAACAGAGUGCCCUCGCUCUCGCGCGCGCGCGCGAGGCGCCCAUCCCCCCCGUCGUGCGCGCGCGCUACGACGCCGUGUUCUCCGCGAACGUCCGCGCGCGCGCGCAGAGAACGGGCAAGCCGAAGCCGAAGCCGCGGCAGAACGCGGGGUGGCGCGGGCUCUCGGUGGACCUGAUCACGAACCCGCCGCUGCCCGAUGGGGACGGGGAGGCUGAGGGGGAUGGAGACGCGGAUGCGGGGCGGGGGCGCGGGAGCAUGUCGGAUGACUCGGAGCAUGGGCGGGGGCGGGGGCAGGGGCAGGGGCAGGUGGCGCCGGACGCGCGGUUGGAUGGGGCGGUGGUGGGGAAGAUAUGGGCGGCGUCGAGGUUGGAGAGGGAGAGGUUGAGGGAGAUUUGGUGCGUGUCUUCUUCAUCCGUUAAUUUGCUCUCUCUUCUCACUUCUUUCGGUUUCGGCCCCGGUCCCCCACUUGCCUCCUUGCCCGCGUUUCUAUCAUUCCCUCCCAAUUAUGACCGCGGCGCGCCGUCUUCCUCCUCGUUAUAUGCUUCGGUUUCGGGUUGCUACACGAUCAGGGCCGAAUGCGACCCGCAUGCGCAGGGCUCGCUCGACCGCAACGCGUUCGCGCGGGGGAUGUGGCGCAUCGACGAGGAGUUGCGGCGCGCGCAGCUCGCACGCCAGGGCGCACGGGGGUCGAGACGCGCUGGUGCGGGUGCGGCGGCGAGGCCGGUGCCGACGCAGACGCAGACGUUGUUGCGCUGA